CUUCUGGAAACGUAGCUUCGACUAUAAAAGCAAUGCGCCUGAGUCAGUUUGGGCAUUAGUUUAAGAAGACUACCGAGGCAAAAGUUGCUACAAAGGGAACUUUUCAAGGAGACUGCUGAGAUCCUUCAGAAUCUUUAAGACGCGACAGACUCAUCGCUGAAAGAACUCUAAGCAAGAAUCAUAAUGUCCUCAGCUAAGGGAGUAUCUAUUGGCAUUGAUCUGGGCACCACCUAUUCUUGUGUCGGGGUGUUCCAGCAUGGCAAGGUGGAGAUCAUCGCCAACGACCAGGGCAACAGGACCUCUCCCAGCUACGUGGCCUUUACAGACACAGAGAGGCUCAUUGGAGAUGCUGCCAAAAACCAGGUUGCCAUGAACCCGGUCAACACAGUCUUUGAUGCCAAACGUCUUAUUGGGAGAAAGUUUAACGAUUCUGUUGUCCAGUCCGACAUGAAAUUAUGGCCUUUCAAGGUGAUCAGCGAUAACGGAAAGCCCAAAGUCCAGGUUGAGUAUAAAGGGGAGACCAAGUCCUUCUUCCCAGAGGAAAUCUCCUCCAUGGUUCUGGUUAAAAUGAAGGAAAUCUCGGAGGCCUACCUGGGACAGAAGGUGUCAAAUGCAGUCAUCACAGUCCCAGCAUAUUUCAACGACUCUCAGAGGCAGGCCACCAAGGACGCCGGUGCGAUCUCUGGACUGAAUGUCCUCAGGAUCAUCAACGAGCCCACAGCAGCAGCCAUCGCCUAUGGUCUGGAUAAAGGAAAAAGAGGAGAGCGCAAUGUCCUCAUCUUUGAUCUCGGUGGAGGCACCUUUGACGUGUCCAUCCUGACCAUUGAGGACGGCAUCUUUGAGGUUAAAUCCACCGCAGGAGACACUCACCUGGGCGGGGAAGACUUCGACAACCGGAUGGUCAACCACUUUAUGGAGGAAUUUAAAAGGAAAAAUAAGAAGGACAUUAGCCAAAACAAGAGAGCAGUGAGGAGACUGCGCACAGCUUGUGAGAGGGCAAAGAGAACCCUGUCCUCCAGCACCCAGGCCAGCAUCGAGAUCGACUCUCUGUUUGAGGGCAUUGACUUCUACACCUCUAUCACAAGGGCUCGCUUUGAGGAGCUUAACUCUGAGCUCUUCAGGGGAACACUGGACCCAGUCGAGAAGGCCCUGCAAGAUGCCAAGCUGGAUAAGUCCAAGAUCCAUGAAAUCGUCUUGGUUGGUGGCUCCACAAGAAUUCCCAAAAUCCAGAAGCUCUUGCAAGACUUUUUCAAUGGUAGAGAACUGAACAAGAGCAUCAACCCAGAUGAAGCUGUGGCGUACGGCGCAGCGGUCCAGGCUGCUAUCCUCAUGGGCGACACAUCAGAGAACGUCCAAGAUCUGCUGCUGCUUGACGUGGCUCCCCUAUCUCUGGGCAUUGAGACGGCGGGUGGAGUGAUGACGCCUCUCAUCAAACGUAACACCACCAUCCCCUCCAAACAGACCCAGAUCUUCUCCACCUUUUCGGACAAUCAGCCAGGUGUGCUCAUUCAGGUGUAUGAGGGGGAGAGAGCCAUGACAAAGGACAACAACCUCCUGGGCAAAUUUGAGCUCACAGGUAUCCCCCCCGCUCCACGAGGUGUACCACAGGUGGAGGUGACUUUUGACAUUGAUGCAAAUGGCAUUUUGAAUGUGUCAGCUGUUGACAAAAGCACCGGGAAAGAAAACAAAAUCACCAUCACCAACGACAAGGGUCGCCUCAGCAAAGAGGACAUAGAGCGGAUGGUACAAGACUCAGAAAAGUACAAGGCUGAGGACGACAUGCAGAGGGAGAGGGUUGCAGCAAAGAACUCACUAGAGUCAUACGCCUACCAAAUGAAGAACAGUGUCGAGGACGAGAACGUGAAAGGAAAGAUUAGCGAGGAGGAUAAAAAGAUGGUCAUUGACAAGUGCAACAAGGCAAUCUCCUGGCUGGAGAACAACCAGAUGGCAGAGAAAGAAGAGUACGAGCAUCAGCAGAAAGAACUAGAGAAAGCGUUCAAGCCAGUUGUCACCAAGUUGUACCAGGGAGCAGCACCGUCAGGAAGCUGCGGCAGCGGGGCAGGAGGCAACUCCAAGGGCCCCACUAUUGAGGAAGUGGACUAAAACAACAGACCUCAGCUUAUUGUUUAUAGAAAUCCUUUGGCUGUAUGUUGUUUGCUACCAAAAAUCUUAAAAUGUCUCAAUGUAUUUACUUUGUUAAAGUGGACCUAUUAUGCUAUAUUUGAAAAAUAUAUUGUAGGGCCAUACCUAUAUAAAACAUGUCUGUGAAGUUUUUUGCUUAAAAUACCAAACAGAUCACCCAUUGUAGCCGUGCCUCAUACUGCUCAUACCCC